AUCCAGUAGUUGGCGGUAAUGCCGCCAUUAAAACCAGAGAAGAAGAAGGUUGGCACUGACCGGAAAUAAACAAAGCCAGACGAGCUAAGACGAGGGAAGAAGCUCAACUGCUGCAGCAAGUGACAGUGAUACUCGUGGUCCGGAUUGUGUGCAGCAGCAGCUCACAGUGACCAACAUCAUGAUGACAACCAAGAGACUAGACAACUUUGAGGUGGUGUGUGAGUGGGAUUCAUGCAACUUCAAGGGCUGCACCGUGGAGGAGCUGAGCGAUCAUAUGUCACUGCAUUUAAAGGACUACCUGGGAGACAACGAUGCCUUGGAGGAGCUAGAUGAGUAUGCUUGUCUAUGGAAUGGCUGUCAAUUUCUAUCGAUGGGUUGCCCUGCGGAGCUGGAGGUCCAUGCUUACUUUCACAACUACCACGGUAAACUCAAGUUCGUCGGGUCGAAGCUGCUCAAGUCCCGUCCUGAUCUGCCCAGCUGCAACGAAGGUUUGCACAGCAACAACCUGGUUCCUGAAGGAUCCGAUGGAUACGUUUGCCAGUGGGAGCAGUGUGAUAGUACAUUUAACAAUCCUGAGUGGUUUUAUCGACAUGUGGACAAUCACGUUGAAAGCGCUGAGCCACAGUCUCUCCCACAUCAACAGCAGACGUUCUUAUGCCACUGGACAGGCUGCGAUGCUUCGUUCAAAAUUAGAUACCGUUUGAGAGAACACAUGCGGAGCCACACUCAGGAGAGACUUGUAGCCUGCCCUACAUGUGGCAGCAUGUUCUCCAGCAAUACAAAGUUGUUUGACCACCUACACAGACAGGCCGAGCCAGUAGAGUCGCUGGUAUGUGAACAUUGUGGCAAAGCUUUUUCCAACGAGAGGCUUUUGAGGGAUCAUGUUCGUCAACACGUGAAUCAGGUGAAGUGUCCCUUCUGUGACAUGACCUGCACCACUUUGGCAGCUCUGAAGAUCCACAUCAGGUUCCGCCACUGUGACGAGCGGCCCUUCCCGUGUGACUUCUGCGACAAGAGAUUUAAGAACCAGCGCGACCUGCAAAAGCACACAGAGGUUCACAACGAGGGAACUGUGUAUCACUGUACAGUGGAGGGUUGUGAUUAUUCGUGUCACACAUUCCCAACCAUGAGCUACCACUACAAGAGAGUGCACGAGGUCGGAGGGAUGUCCAAAUAUAAAUGCCAUAUCUGUGAUAAGGUCUUCUCCUGGUGCUACACACUCACACUUCACCUUCGCAAGAAGCACGAGCUGAAAUGGCCCUCUGGACAUUCCCGCUUUCGAUACAGGAAGGAUGUAGACGGCUUCCUAAAAGUAAACAUGGUGCGGUUUGAGACUGUGGAAGUGACGAAGGAGAUAAUGAAGAACAUGGCCAAAAAGCCGAAGAGCCUUCGGAAAAGUCAGAGAACCAGCAGCCGGAACAAGAGGGCCGCAGCCACACCGGAGAGCAGCCGUAGCUCUCCCGCGCGAUCCUCCUCGCCCUCCUCCAGCACCUCCUCCUCGUACUCCUCAGAGCUCUCUGGUGGUGAGGACGUUUCCUCUCAGCCCAGCCCCAGAGGCAGUGACUCUCCUGUCUACUGUGUCAUGAGCACCAUCCCUCACAUUGAGGAGGAGCCUGGAGGAUUGUCGCAGGAGGACUGCGAUGGCAGUGGGACAUCUGAAGCGGUCCAGGCCCUGACUGAGGUCGCAAGGGGCCUGGGCAUGGACGUGGUGUGAUUCCUGCAGGCUGCACUGCACCGUGCAUCCAUCACAGGCGCUGUUGUCGCUCCUAUACAACAGCGUUGGUUUGCCUCUUGUAGUAUAUAAUCUGUGGAGAAGCCAGUGGAGACCGCAACUGUUAUUUCUAGCCAAAGCUUUCGCAUGGUCUCCAGUGUUUUUAGAGUGUCUUUUACUUGGAGACCACAUUUUAAUUGUAGCAGCAUCUUAUUAACUUUAAUGCCUUAGCUUGGCUUUGUGAUGUCUCCCAUUGCCUGUUAAUGUUUCGGAAUAAGUUUACAUGAAUGAGAUGAAUUAAAAGCUCUACAAAGCUA